CUGCGGUCGUCUGGGGAAGUAAUCACACGUUCUUCGUCGCAUUCUUACAGCAUCCUGCGCCCUGUCCUCUUCUCUCCUUUGUCUGCUCUCCUACAUGUGCACAUACAUUUCUUCACACUCGCUCAUCUUCCGUCUCUCUUCGCACGCGGCUUGAACUCGUCGCGUGCAUUUAAUCCUGGUACUUCAACGACGGAGCCCCUAAUUGUAACAAAGUAAACAGCUUCGCGAUGCCAGUCAACACGCUUUCGGUGGGCGCUGCCGUCACGCCGAUUGUAAUCGAGACGUACAUACUCCACUACCUGAACCGCGGUCCUUUGCGUCAAAAGCCUACUGCGCACAUCUCGUACCACGAAGGACUCGAGCUCAUCCGGCGGUUUCUGCACUAUGCAUCACUUCACCCAGUCGACGAGCUGCAGGCUUUCACGGCGCAAUGGGUGCCAGUGCCCCACUGGGUGCACGACUACAGGGUCGAGAUACCGCAAGGGCAGCUGGCACGCUCUGCGCAAUACAUCAAUGCGCAGCUGGGCCCCAAAGGCAUCAAGGCUGUAGGUGGGCCGACAUGGUGGCAGUGGAGGCGUCAAGGGACAAAGCUGGAGGCUGAAUGGAUCGAGAUGAAGAAGGAUCGCGACGCCCGGGAAAAGUCGAGCAUGCCGAAGGGGCAGCGCAUCAUGCUCUACGUCCAUGGGGGCGCAUACUUCUUCGGCAGCGUAGACGAGCACCGUUACCAGAUGCAAAGACACGCGCGCAAACUCCAAGCUCGUGUGCUGGCCCCACGAUACAGGCUUGCGCCUCAAUUCCCCUUCCCGUGCGGCCUCAUGGACUGUCUGGCAGCAUAUUUGCACUUACUUGCGGAGGGCCAUGAUCCGAACACCAUCGUCCUAGCUGGCGACUCCGCAGGUGGUGGUAUGGUGCUCAGUAUGCUCGUGACUCUGCGCGACCAGGGAGUGCCGCUGCCAGCAGGUGCCAUUCUGAUUAGUCCUUGGGUGGACCUUACGCACAGCUUUCCAAGCCUGAGUGGAGAUGGUAAGAUGGACUACAUCCCGGCCCACGGCUUCUUGCACAAGCCAAGCAUAAGCUGGCGUAAGUGCACCGUCCAUAUUGCUGAUAAUAUGCUGAUCACAGUAGCGCCCCCAAACGCCGAUGAUCUCAUGGCACUCGAGAACAAUACCACUCAAGGCGGAUACCAGAAGCGCAAAUCAUCGCCGCAAGUCUCGCUCUCUGGCAAAGACAAGGAAGAUUGUGUGGCGCAGAAGGAAGCAAAGGCUGAGCGUGUGCGAGGCUAUUCGGUCACCACAGAGAAGCCAGACCUAGACGACAUCCUCAAUUCGGAUUCAGACACUUGGGUCUCACCGGAUGGUAAGUACGGGGUAGGUCCAAAGGGCAUCCUGUCGAUACAGCUUGGAGAAGAGCGGAUCGAGAUCAAAGACCAGAUCCAGUUGUACACCGCGAACCAUCUCCUGACCCACCCUCUGGUCUCACCUGCUCUGCAGCCUUCGCUUGGCGGGCUGCCACCUCUGCUCAUUCAGACCGGUGGAGGUGAGCUGCUCCGCGACGAACAAAUCUACCUCGCGCACAAGGCCGCGCGCCCGGAAGCCUACCAGCCACCUCCUUCGAACAACCAAACAGCGGAGGAGAUUGAGGCGCAAGCAUUGAGAUACAAGCCAACGAACGUUCAGCUUCAGGUCUGGGAUGAUCUGUGCCAUGUUGCUCCGACGCUCAGUUUCACGCGACCAGCAAAGCACAUGUACCGCAGUAUCGCGCAGUUUGGUGCCUGGGCAUUGGCAAGGGCUCAGGAGACAUACAUCGAUAUUCUCGAUGACGACGAUAUCUCCUUUGUUAGUACCGAUUCGGAGUCUGCGGAUAACGAAAAGACGUCAAAGAAGUACAAGAAGUCUGAUGCCCCGACCGAGGCUCACAUGGGUACUGACGGAAUCAUUGGCCAAGACAACCAUGAAGCGCGCGUUGGCAAGGCUGGCGAUUCUCUGCCUGCAUUCGAUAAUCACAUGAUCCGGCAACGUGUUGACCGGCACGGCUACAUAUACGCCCUCGCCCCCAAAGAGGAAUUGGUAGCUCUGAGCCUUCCAGUCUCUGAGGUCGGUGUGCCAAAGCCAGGGCCGGUUAAGAAGUGGAUGAAGGCUUCGCAACAGUGGAAUGGUAAGUUCGCAAAGCAGAAGGUUAAGGUCCAGCAGCAGCGCAUGAAAGAGAUGAAAGCUGGAUUUGAAAGGUUCGAAGGCGAGACCCCGCCGCCGACUGCUCUGGCUGGUAGGAGAAUCAAGGACAUGAGGAAGGAAAAGGCAGCGAAGAAGUCUUGGGGAAUGGCGCUUUGGUCGCUGUGGGGUAGCAAGCACGACGAGUCGACCAUUGAUCGCGAACAGAAAGCCGACCAAACGGCGCCGCCGCCUUCGAAGGCAAUCGUCGCGGACCCUGAACUUGAUGGAGCAGUAGAUGGCACAGAUCGCAGUCGGGAUGCCGGUCUCGCGCCCGUCAAACCUUCACGCAUACGUUCACGCAUGCGUUCACGAUCCAGACACUCGAACGUCACCGAUCGCGGUCAGAUCAACAAAUCGGAAGAUGAUUUUGAGAAGCUGUCAAGAGGAUUCUCCAGAAUUGCACCUCCAUCUUUUGGCUUGGCAGAAGCUACGGUCAUCGCACCUGAACGCUCCCAUUCGGAACUUCCCCCUCAAAUCAUCACACCUGUCGAAACGCCUGGAUUCGAAAAGCCAGGUGUCAUCGUCUCUGACGAACCUACUUCGCCACCAACAAUUGUCCCUGGAACAGAUGGCACAAGCACACGUCCAUCAAAAGGUGGUGUUGCAUACCCCUUCUCUCUGAAGGUCGAUGGCCAGGGUCACCGCGCCAAUGCUAGUACAGUCACACUUCAAAGUUUGCAGCUUGUGACACCUCUAGCAGUCAAAGAACAUAAGCAGCUCUUCGAUGACAUUGUCUUGACACCAGCAGCCGUGCACGAGUCGAAGCAGCUUGGUGUCGCUCUUGCCACACCACACAUUGCAGCAGAUCCGAUCCUUCCAUCGAACAAGCAGUAUUUCGACGCCCCUGGGGCUGGUCUUUUUAGCGGCCAGUGGCAGCCAGCGAUCCCAGCUACAGAAGCAGGAACGCCUACAUUGGAGAGAUCUGGGGUUGAGAGAUUCGAAACAGCGCAAAAAGACUUGAGCACGCUCGCCAACGCCGAUAAGAAGCCGUCGUUCCAAUUUUGAUACCCCUUUCGUUCGGAAAUUUUGCCGAGUAACACAGCCUUUGAAUAUUGCAUACUAGACAUAGAGUGGUUAGAGCCGGAUACAAUGGAGAGAAUCGCGGAUUUACAAUUUGGAAUGCUUGCCAACGUCAACAGCCCCGCCUU